AUGUGUCGUCUCCUGGUAUACAAAGGCAGGCAUGAGAUUCGUCUCAGCAAGCUUGUCACGGAGCCAAGCCAUUCCAUUCUCACUCAGUCCUACGACUCCCGUUUAAGACUAGACAACCGCCGCCCCGUCAACGGAGACGGCUUCGGCGUGGGCUUCUACACCGACCCAAAACUAGGUCCGGAGCCAUGCAUCUUCACAUCGACACUCCCAGCCUGGAACUGCGAGAACCUUGAGCGGCUCGCCUCCAAGACAUGCUCUAAUCUAAUCUUCGCGCACGUGCGCGCAACCACAGAGGGCACUCUCUCCGACACGAACUGCCACCCAUUCCAGCACAGCACGCUGAUGUGGAUGCACAACGGCAACGUCGGCGGCUGGCAGUACAUCAAGCGGCCGUUGGCCGACUCGCUCGCGGACAAAUGGUUCCUAGGCGUCAAGGGCGGGACAGAUAGCGAGUGGGCAUUCGCGCUGUUCCUUGACCUUCUCGAGAAAGAGGGUGUGGAUCCUAGCUCUGAUCCCGGCCCAGGAGGGUUCGGACAGGCGCUGCUGCGUCGGGUGAUGGUGAAGACGAUUGCCAAAAUCAAUGAGUUCAUUCGUGAUAUUCCCAAGAGACAUAAUGUGUCGAAUGUGGAGACGCGCAGUUUGUUGAACUUUGCUGUUACGGAUGGCCAGACUGUUAUCUGUACGAGGUACAUCAGUAGCAAGACGGAUGAACCGGCUAGUUUGUACUUUUCGUCCGGGACGAAGUGGGUGGAGGGGAAGGAUAAGGGGCACUUUAAGAUGGAGAGGCAUGAUAAGGGGGCUGAUAUUGUACUUGUGGCUAGUGAGCCGAUUACUUUUGAGAGACAUAAUUGGGUCUCCGUCCCUGCCAACUCCAUCGUCACCAUCCACAAGCAAACCGUCCUGCUACAUCCCAUCAUGGAUGAGUUUUACGUCGAGGAUACGAACCAGGACCGCUCAUCUUGCUACGCCGUGUCCAAGGGUCUUGUUAGCACAGCCCCCGGGACAACCGUGCAGCCCCGUGAAGCAGGGGCUGUCGAUACCAACCCCGGAGCUAUCCAUGGCAAUGGCUCCACACUAGAUUCGCAGCAAAUUGGUCUCGCCAACAAGUGCGCUUUGUCACAUUGA